AUGCUUCAAAUAUUGAAAACAAGUUCAAAUAUUGUGACUGCAAAUUUCUACGUCAGCAUGUUAUUAUAUUUCAUUAUUUUUCUUUUAUUCUGUUCAUCAGCUGAGGCGGCGGGUCUACUCACUGCUAAUGCUAAACUAUAUGCAAAAGCUGCAGGUAUUCCCGAUGUGCAGCUUGGAUAUUUCACUUUGAAUGGUACAACUUACUUAACAGCAACUGACGAUUCCCCAGACAAAUUCAAUAUAGACUCAGCUACUUCAGCUCUUUAUGGCGACGAUGGCAGAUUCUGUGUAGUUCUGACAACCAAUCUCUUCUCUUUUGUUGACACUCCUGGAACAGCACAAUUUCAAAUUGUGCCUACAGCAGAACAUUUACAGCUUACUUACAAAAGAGGUAAUAUAUAUUUAUGUACUUCAACUACCUUAGGAGUAGCAUUUCUUUACACUGCUAUUGAUGCUGCAAAUCCUCAACUAUGCAAACCUGUUAACUUGUACUUUGCUGCUGGAAGUACAACUAUCGGUCCUAUAAAUCCUACAAGUCCUACUACAAGUCCUACUGAAGCUACUGAAGCUACUAUCUCCACUGAAACAUCUAAAACCACCGAAGCUGCUGAAAACUCUGAUACUGCGGACCCGCCUGAUGAACCAGUUCUUUCCAUAGCUCCUCUUGUCUCUGUAGAUGAAAAUGGUAGCAGAAUAUCAUUAAGAACUGUUGAAAUUGUGGCAAAUGAUACUGCUAAUGACAGAGCUAAUGAGAUAACCAAACGUGAUAAUAGAAAAGCUAUCGCAGGACUUUCAUAUUUGGUUGCAGAUAAUCCCGACACUGCAGAUGAUUCUGGAUUCUACAUCAAAGAUAGAAUGCUUUACAAUGCUGAUGGCCUUGCAGCUGUUAAUCAAGAUUCAAAGUUCAUUACCUUUGCAUCCGAAGGAGGAUUGACAGGAUUUGAGCUUUCCGAAAAUGGAGAUUUGUAUUACACUGGAGAAGGUUCAUUCUAUUACUGUUACUUAGAAGGUACUGAUGCUACUUUCAGAGUAAUUUCCCUUGAAGAUAUCGGAUCUUGUAAUGUUACUUCACUUGUAUUAGAAGAUAGCAGUGAUGAGGAAUCCUCCACUACGAUCACUACUGUUCUUCUCUUCACCGAAACUAGUAUCAUUACCGAAUGUCCAGAGUCAGUGACCAAUUGUCCAGACUUCUCAAUAAUCGUCCAUACUGUGACUACAACAUACUGUCCAGACACGGAACAUGGUCCAUAUACAAUCACUUUAUAUGCAGCAGUAGAAACCGGAGAAGAAACUGAAACAUUUACAACGACAAUUUGCGAAACAGUAUGUGAGACACUUAUUUCUUCCGUCCAACCUGAUUCCCAGGCAACAGAGAUUCCUAUUUAUAAUAAUGCUGGCACUUUAACUAGUGGGGUUGGUUUAGCCAUUGCGGCUUGUAUUAUUGUUUUACUUUUAUUCAUAUUUGAAUUUAUUUAUUAA